AUGUCGUCAAAGAAGUCGUCAUCUAGGAGAUCAUCGAGGCAAUCGCACAGGUCAACACUCUCUCUAUCCAGAACCGAAAUAAACAUCAACGUCUACGACCUCCUGCCAGUAAGCACCUCCGAUCCCGCACCACAGCCCAAGUCGAUCCACCCAUCACUAACCACUACCACCCACCACCAACAGCUAGGCCGCCUCUCCUCCGUCCUCUGGACCUUCGGCGCCUCGCUCCUCCACUCGGGCGUCGUGAUCAACGGAAAAGAAUAUGCCUACGGCGGACACGACAAGCGCGGGGUGACAGGCGUGUACUGGACGCCGCCCAAGACGGAACCGCCGGGCGGCAGCUUCAAGACAGAGAUCCUGCACGGGUUCACAUUCGCGACGCAGGCCGAAAUCGACGCCAUAGUGCGGCGGGCGUCGGACGAGUUCCACGGCACCGCCUACAACCUGUUGACCAAGAACUGCAACCACUUCACGAGCUACCUAUGCCAGAAGCUGACAGGCCGCGCGGGGCCCGGCUGGCUGAAUCGCGCGGCGAGUAUUGGUGUCGCAUUGCCGUGCAUGGUGCCCAGAGACUGGAUCGAACCACCGGAUUUCGGGACCGCGGAUGGCGAGCUGCUCGAGGAUGAGGAUGACUUCGAUGCACACGAGGGGACGAGGAUGCUGCGACAGGAUGAUACGAGGAGGCUUGCCACUGAGGAUAGUGAGGAGGAAGAGGAGGAGUCGGCUUCGGAUAACGGGGACCAACGCCGGCAGGGUGGGAGUGGGAAGGGCAAGAGCCCGGCACGAGACACCGGUGGACGAACGCUACCCUCAUCCGAAAGGGCACCCCAAGCUGGAAGACAUUGA